CAUAUCCAUAUAAGGAAAUAAUGCAAUACGAAAAGCGAUAAUAUAUAUACAUAUAUAGGAAACUGCAUCUGUAUCAGUUGACAUAACCGUGCCAUUCCCUGUCUGGAUAACACGUGUAUAGCUUCUAGUAUCAGGAUGAUGUACUCCGUCGCUGCCUUGCUUCUUUGCCUGCCAUUUCUGGCACAUGGUUACCGCUACACAAAGUGUGGACUUGCGGAUGCUCUGCGUCGCGAAAAUAUUCCGGAGCGGGAGUUACACAAGUGGGUGUGUAUGGCCGAAUAUGAAUCAAGUUUCAACACGCUUGCCACUCAUGUGAAUAGGGGAGGGUCAUCGACGGACUAUGGCCUAUUUCAGAUUAACAGCUUGUGGAACUGCGAUCCCAAAGAUGGCAGAAGAACAAGGAACGGUUGUGGACAUCCCUGCUCAGACUUUCAAAACACGGAUUUGAGUGACGACGUGGCUUGCAUCAACAAACUCAGGAAAUGGCACCGGGGGUGGGGCUUCUCGUAUGGUUACAAGGCGCAUUGCCAGGAUAAAACAAGUGCAUACCUUUCGGAAUGCAAGUAGCUGCUCUUUGGAUUGCGGCUGUACAGUGUUUUGUUUCAACUCUAAUACUCAUACAAAGUCACACCUGAUAUGUGAAAACACGUUAAAUACAUUGGAAGUUUUAUUUAAAAUGUAAUACAAUUAUGAUGUAUCAAAACGUGUAUCUUUUUAUUGACCAUUUGUUGAAACAACUAUUCGGAGACUACUUCUAUAAUUUAUGCUAUGUUUCUAAUAAUGUUUUUUUUUUCAGAUUGUAAAAAAGUUACUACGUUAUUACGUUUUAUUUAACAUUUCAUCGCAUAAUCGAAUAUUCAGAUUUAUUACUUGUGUUUGCUUAGGUUCACAAAGCAGGUGGCUCACCGGAACAACCACAUCUGUGUGCAUUACUACUUUCAUUAACCUCAACAAAUGACUAGUAAUUUCAUUAAAAAACAAAGAUAAUGAAAUUCCUGAAACAUUUUUAUCCGAUGAUUAAUUUAGUACCAUACCUGGUUUGAUUCUUAGGUAGAUGUCAUCCUUGUAUUUAAAUUGUUUUAUUAAUCGCGGCUAAAUUCACCUUCCGGUAUGCAAGAAAAAUAUCAUUAUCAGAAAUUGCUUGCAUUUACUUCUGUAUAUUAUAUAUAAACUUCUUCUCAUA